AUGGGCAGCAUAGACAACCAGCUGUCUACGUGCCUGGUAGGAGUUCCCUUAGCAGCAGAUGAAUACUCGUACACAGAUAAAAACCCCAACCCACUGCUCUUCCCUGCAGCAGAUUUCUCGGAGCUGACGGUGGGGCAGAAGUGGGACCGCGUGCGGCUCACCUGCAGCCAGCCCUUCUCCCCGUGCAGCCGCUUUGGGCUCUCCUUCAUCCGCCUGCGCACACCACAGGAGCCGGAGCCUGACCUCCCCCGGCCACCCCCGGAUGCAGAGGAUGCUGAGCUCUCAGACAGACCCUGGUGCUCCAGCCCUGCCUUUCACCGGACUUUCUUUCCUGAACCAUGCUUGAGGUCCAGGGAGGAGGAGCAGCUGAGGAGCCGCCUGUGGAAGCUGGAAGGGGCUGCCUGGAGCCCGGCCCACCUCAGCCGCUCUGCCCAGAUGGUGCUGUCGGCAGCGCGGAACCAGGAGCUGAGGCCCAGAGCUGGCACCAGCACCCUGGGGAGUCACCCGGAGCUGCCGGCCCAGGAUGCGGGAGGCGCCGCAGUGCCGGGCUCUGCACUGGAUGUCCCUGCAGCCCCCCCGAGCACCUGCAGGCAGCUGGACAGGCACUGUGCUCCCAGUCCUGUUAGCAGGGCUCCAGCUGCCACCUCAAGGACACCCAGGGUGAAAAGAAGAGCCCGAGCCUGUGGCCCCCGAGAGAGACACGUCAGGAGGAAGAACAAGGGACAGGCCAGCAGUGACAGGGAGACAGGUGUCUGCCCCAUCUGCUCAGGCUGUUUCCUGCUGGAUCUGCUCCCUGCACACACCUCCCAGUGUGGAGAAGACCCCACCACAGCCUGGCCUUUCCUGUCCCCUGAUGCCUGGGUGUCCUGCCCCAUUUGCCAGCUGCCCUUUGGCGUGGCAGAGGUGGAGCAGCAUGCCAGCAACUGUGGGGAGACAGCAGGGGCCCUGUCCUCCCCCCAGUGCCUGCAGUAG